CUGCCGACGCGUCGGCGUCCUUCAGUCAACACGCUCGUUAUCGGGCUGGCUUAUUUGUUGUGUUGAAAGUACGCACUGUGAAAAAAUACAGCAAAGCUAUUCGUAUCAUGAGCGGUAAUACAAAGCGGACUAUAUACGUAGGUGGUUUAGCCGAAGAGGUCGACGAGAAGGUGUUGCACGCGGCGUUUAUACCCUUUGGUGAAAUUGUCGACGUCCAAAUACCACUGGACUAUGAGUCUGAAAAGCACAGGGGAUUUGCGUUUAUUGAAUUUGAGACGGCAGAGGAUGCAGCUGCAGCUAUAGAUAACAUGAAUGACUCGGAAUUGUUUGGCCGAACAAUAAGGGUAAAUAUUGCUAAGCCACAAAAGAUAAAGGAAGGUUCAUCGAAGCCAGUGUGGGCGGACGAUGCUUGGCUGCAAGAGCACGCGGGCGAGACAUUGAAGAGCGAUGACAACACAAAGACAAAUGAUGUGGCGCAGCCGAAGAAAGCAAAGCAGAAUCCUCAGGUUUACUUUGACAUAAGCAUUGGAAAGCAAGAAGUCGGCAGAAUUAUUAUGAUGUUACGAGCAGACAUAGUGCCAAAGACCGCAGAAAACUUUCGGGCACUUUGUACGCAUGAAAAGGGAUAUGGAUAUCAGGGCAGCACCUUUCACAGAAUUAUUCCAGAUUUUAUGUGUCAAGGAGGCGAUUUUACAAAUCACAAUGGAACAGGUGGAAAAUCGAUCUACGGCAACAAGUUCGAUGAUGAGAAUUUUGAUUUGAAACACACAGGACCAGGAACGCUAUCAAUGGCCAAUUCUGGUCCAAAUUCAAAUGGAUCACAAUUUUUCAUGUGUACUGCCAGAACGGAGUGGCUAGAUGGAAAACACGUUGUCUUUGGGCAUGUUCUCAGUGGAUUGGAUGUACUUAGAAAGGUUGAAAAAUGUGGGACAAAGGGGGGCACACCAACACAAAAAGUCGUCAUAACUGCUUGUGGAGAAUUAGUGUAAUUUUUGUAUAUAUAAAAUGUUUUGUAAUAAAUCAGAAUUUAUAAAAAAAAGUCAA